AAAAGAAGCUACAUCGCUGCGAUUGCAAAUUUUGACUUCAAGGUUCAAAGCUGUCUUCAACCAAAGCUGUCGGCAAUAAGUAGUGUCUGCGGGUCGCAGCCAUGCGGCCUGCUAAAAAGCAGAAGACUGAAGUGCCGCGCUGCCCGACAGUCUGGGCAUUGACCGACGCGGCGCUUUGGGAGCCGUAUGCUUUGAUUGGGAAGCAGGUUCGCGUGCUGUGGCCGGGGGAGAAUCGCUACUUCGCUGGCACCAUCGUGCAAUACUUCCCAGACUCGUGCGAGCAUGAAGUACACUAUGAGGACGGCGACGAGGAGUUGCUGGUGCUGGCAGCGGAGAAGGUGCAGCUGCUGCCAGAGUGUGUGCGGACCCUGCCGCCGCCCGCUCCAGCCCAGCUGAGCACUCUGGCGAAACGCCUUGACGACCUGGCCGCGUCUCUGGAGUCCCGCGCACUGCAGCAGCGCACGGGCAGGGGGCGCGCCACGCUGAAGGAGGAGGAUCGACAGAAGUUUGAGAUGUACCGGCGGCGAGCCGGUGAGGUGCGGCUGGCCAAGGAGCGGCGAGAGCUCAUGCUGCGCUUAGAGUGCCAGCACCAAAAGCAGCGGCAGCCGCUGGACCGGGCGAGCUCGGGGGUCGACCCCGCGUCACCCACGCCGCAGCGCAAGCAGACAGCUCAGAAGCGCCUAGGGGUUACUGGCCCCGGUGUCAUUCCCCUGGGCGCUAAGGCAGCCGCCGGUGCCAGCCGGCCGUCUCGGGCGGCGGCCGCAAGCGCAGCGGCUGCUAUCGCUGCGACCUCGCAAGGUCGGCGGUGCGGGACUGCGGUGGACACAGCGGCUUUGUCCGCCGCGGCUGCGGACGACGAGGCCACAAGUAGCCCAGAGGUCCCAUUCCGGGUGUGCUCCCCGGGAUCUGCGAAGCGGCGCAAGCAACUGCUGCAACAACAGCACGGCUUCCAGCAGCCGCUAGGCAAGCCCAAGGGAAAAAGGGGUGGCAAAGCAUGCAAGGUAUCUGCUGACAGCAGCGAUAUCAUGGCCCUGGACAGCACAGGGGGGCUAGACCUGGACUCGGUGGCGGCAGAGCUGCUGCAGGGCGGCCACCCCUGGGCGGGAGCAUGGGCAGGGGGCAGGAAGGGCGCCAGCGCGGAUGUGGGACGGCUGUACGUGCCGCGGCCAUGGCCAGCAGUGCCCGUCAGCGUGCAGGCCGCGCCGGUAGCGGCGGCUCCAAGCAUCGGCGCUGCUAAGGUCAGCGCACCCUUGCAGCCAGAGAUUGCCGGUGUCGCUGAUGCUGGGGCCAAGCAGCCUGACGGCACUGCCGCGGGCGGGGAAGCUGCCGCUGCACCUGGGUUGCAAGAGGGCACCGCAGCGGCGCUGGGGGAGAACUCUGGCGGCGAGGGCAAGGCGGUGGAUGAGGACCGCCGCCGCGCUAGUGCGGUGGCAGAUGAGCUUCGCACCGCGUACCAGCACUUCCGCGAACACUGCGCUGGCUUCAAGCAAUACCACGAGCUGCAGGUGGCUCUGUGGCUGGCGCCGGAGCAGCUCGUGGGGCGGGAGCUGCGCGUGCUGUGGCCGGACGAGGAGGCCUGGUUUUGUGGCCGCGUGACUAAGUACAUGCCGGAGCAGGGCACGCACACAGUGGAGUACGACGACGGCGACGUAGAGCACCUGCACCUGGCCGCGGAGGAGGUCCGCCUGCAGCUGGUGCCGGGUGAGGCCGAGCGGGAGCUGGUGCCAAAGUCGUCAUCCGCACUUCGGCACAUGGCGGAGCUGAUGGAGGCAAACGUGGCGCGAGCACGGCGACGUGUAGCGGAGCUGCGGGCAGGUGUUGCUCCAGGGGCUGCCGUGGCGGCAGCCCCUGAAGGCGCUGGAGACGGCCAGCAGCAGCGGGAAGCCCAGCCGGAGGCCGAGGACCCUGAUGAGCUCGAGGCGAAAGCGGACCGCUGGUGCAAGCGUGCUGCGCAGCUGCACACCCUGGUGGCGGCCAUGGCAAAGGAGGAGGCGGAGUCGACCAAGGGGGAGGCGGCCAAGGAGGUGGCGGUGCCUCAGGCGGCAGGGGCAACACCUGCAGCCACCAGCGCCGUGGCUGCUGCUGCUGUUGCGGCGGCGGCGCCGGCGCAAGAGCCCCAGGCUGCACGCGUUGCUGACUUGGCGGCGGAGGCGAAGCCAGCCGGGCGCGGUAGCAGGAGCAGCAAGCAGCAGGUUGUGCAGCAAGCGCAGUCGGAGCAACCAGGUCUGGAGGCCCUGGAUGAUGGCGGCCUCAAGCAUGGCAAGGCAGGCAAACGCGGAGCGCGCACCCAGGCUUCGGCCGCUUCGCAGGACAGCAAGAAGCACCGGCCGGGCCGUGGGCGCACGAGCGCGAGAAGCGCAGCUGCAGCACUUGCCCCCGCGGAUCAGGACACGGUGAUGCCUGAGGCCAAAGAGGUCGACACCGCCGCUGUUGAACCUACCAGCGAGGCAGCGCUUGCUGCCUCGCUUGAGGCUGCGUCCGCUCCAGCCGGGGCAGAAGGAGCGAUCGCUGAGGCAAUGCCAGCCGCAGGCACCGCAGACCAGAUGGCAGAGCAGGGCGACGCAACCGCGGCCGCGGAGCCAAGCUCGCGGCCGGACGACUGGGCAACGGUGCAAGUGCUGCGGCCUGGCGAGGUGGUGUGGGCGCAGGUGCGGCGCUCGGCGCCGUGGCCAGCAAUCGUCAUCACGCGCGAGGAGGCAGAGAGGGAGGGCCUGGUUGGUGGCUCGCGGCUGGGUCACAACCACCAGGUGUUCGUGCGCUUCUUCGGCGACUACACCGUGUUCGCCCUGCCGGCAAUCUCGGCGGGCGCCCGCAUCCCCGACCGCGGCGCCGUGGUACCCUUCCUGUCGGGCCUGCAGCUGGGCUGGCACGCGCGCCGUGGCGCUGCCGGCGGGGCCGCAAGCUCGGCACAUGCUCAGCGCUUCUUGCGGGCCCUGUUCGAGCUUCGCGCUUACAUGACCGAGGGCGAGCUGCCGCGCGGCAUGAUUCCGCCCAACUUUGACGAGGACGAGGACGAGGAGGAGGACGGCUCGGAAGAGAUCGCCACGGUGGCGGGUGGGCGCGGCAGCGCGGCUGCUCGCGGUCGUGGUGGCGCCGGCACCACCGCUCUGGACCCGCUGGCGGGCGCGGUGCAGCUGCCCUUCGCUGUGGGUCCCAAGCUGCGCAUCCUGGCGCUGGGCGAGGUGGUGUGGCUCAGCCGGCACUUCCACGAUGAGAAGUACAUCUACCCGCUGGGUUUCAAGGCGGAGCGCAUGAUGGGCAGUGGCGCCAGCGGGGGCAGGGAGGUGAUGCACGUGAUGGAGGUCAUCAGCGAGGACGGCGUGCGCCCGCUGUUCAGGAUAACGCCCGAGGGCAAGCAGCCAGUGACAGCGGACACCGCCUCCAAGACCAUGAGGGCGCUGUUCGAGGAGGAUGUCCGCGCCCGCGGCAGGGCCUUCGCGCGCACCGGUGCGGACCUGUUUGGCCUGAGCAACGCCCGCGUGGCGGCGCUGGUGCGCGCGCUACCGGGCGCCGAGCGCUGCGAGCGCUUCGCCAACUGGCCAGCUGACAUGGAGAAGCCGCCGCCACCCACGCUGACGCCGUACGAGGAGGCCCAGCGGCGGGCGCUGUACGCGCGGGCGCUGCGGUUGCCGGAGGGCGUGGUGGGCGUGCCCCAGACCAAAGCGGGCAUGUGCUUCGAGUGCGAGGUGUGCGGAGAGGACGAGGAGUCAUCGGACGACGUGAAGCUGGAGUGCGACAUGUGCCGUUGCGUCGUGCACACAAGAUGCUACGGUGUGACACAGCCUCCGCCGCCCGGGGCGCUGUGGCUGUGCGACGUGUGCCAGAUGCACGCGACGGGCCUGCCGGAGGAACUCUCGCCGCCGUGCGAGCUGUGCCCCGUGCUGGGCGGCGCCCGCAAGCGCACUGAGAGCGGCGGCUACGUGCACUUGCUGUGUGCGCUGUGGACGCCGGGCGUUACAUUUGGCAACGUGGACACACUGGAGCCCGUCGAGGGUGUGGCCAAGGCGGUGCAGAGCCGCGCGUCGCUGCGCUGCUCCCUGUGCUCUCAAAUGCACGGCGCCUGCAUCCAGUGCGCGGGCGACCGCUGCUACACCGCCUUCCACCCCAUGUGCGCGCGGGAGGCGGGCAUGGCGCUGUGCGAGCUGCGCCAGGGCAAGCGCGCCGCGGGUGCGCCAGGCCGCAGCAAGGGAGCUGCGGACGCCCCAGCGGACACCAGCGCGGCUGGGCUGGCAGCGCCUGGCGGACCUCAGGGGCGGUCGCGAGAGGCGUCGGAGGGCGGCGCAGGCGUGGAUGCGGACGGGCCGCAUGGCAAGGAGAACCAGCCCCAGCCUGGUGACGGCGGCAAGGCCGGCAGCGGCACGGCAGGAGCCACCAGGACCGCAGCCCCUUCGGCCGCCCAGGGCAUUACAUGCCCGCUUGCAGCCGCCACAGCGGCCGUGGCCGGCUCCGCUGCGGCGGGGCCGCUGCAGCGGCGCAAUCGCAACCGCAACCGUGGCGGCCGCCAUGGCAGCGCCUAUGCCAUGGCCGGCGUCACACUGGGCAAGGGCGUGACAAUGGCUUGCUUUUGUCUGCGGCACGAGGAACUGGUCCUGCAUCGGCAUGAGUUCAAGCCCAGCUACCCCGGCGGCCGCUUUGCAGAGCGCCGCGCGGAUCUGACUCGCGAGCAGCUGCGUGCGCGGCGCGACGCGUUGUUGGCCGCGGAAAAGGCCGUUGCCGCCGAGGCCGCCGCCCAAGCUGUCCAGCAAACGGAGCAGGAGCAGCAGCAACUGACACGGCAGAGCGUGGAGACGGGUCGCUCCAUGUCGUUCGCCGACUGGCGCAGCCGCGGCCACCGUGCACCUGAGGCAGUGGCCAUUGCGCGCGAGAAGCGCAGCUUCGUGCGGCAGCUGCCAUACUUGGUGACGGGGAGGCUGCAACACAGCGAGGAGCAGGUGCGAGCGCUGGCACCGAUUGCCAUUGGGGCCAAGCCGACCAGCUGCCCACGGCCCACUGGAAGCGCACGCGCCAGGCCGGACGGACACGUGGAGCCCGAGGCCUCGAGCCUCCAACCGAUUGCCGGGCUGCCGCGGCAGGACGCCGAGGCAACAGCCAGUAUGCUGCCGGUGAGCACGCAGACGCCGGUCAGCGGGGCCGUGGUAGGCGGGUGCAAAGCCGCAGCCGAGGCCGAAGACAGCGGGCCCAGCGCGGAGGCGGUGGAGCACCUGCCGCUGGAGCUGCUGGCGGCUGCCACGGCGUCGGGGGCGCGUUCCGUGGCUGAGCGCUACUGGGCCAUGCGCGCCACUGUGAGCGUGCGGCUGGCAGCCGGCAAGUCCGCGAUCCACGGCUGGGGCGCGUUCGCCAAGGUGCCGCACAAGCGAGGAGACAUGCUCAUUGAGUACGCGGGAGAGCUGAUCCGGCCGGUGGUGAGCGACGUGCGAGAGAAGCGCAUGUACAACGACCUGGUGGGGUGCGGCACCUACAUCUUCAGCUUAAACGGCCAGCAGCACAUCGACGCCACCAAAGCAGGCAACAUGGCCCACCUCCUCAACCACAGCUGCGACCCGAACUGCUACAGCCGCGCCAUCACCCUGACCGACCCGCUCACUGGCGCCACCACCGACCACGUCAUCAUCACAGCCAAGCGCGACCUGCAACCGUGGGAGGAGCUGACGUACGACUACCGCUUCAACAGCGCCGUGGAGCUGCCCUGCAACUGCGGCGCCGCGAGCUGCCGCCUGCUGGUCAACUGGCCGGAGGAGAGCCGUGACGGGGACGACGAAGAGGAAGGGAACAGCGGGGACGAGGGAGAGGAGCCGGGGCUGGGGUUGGGGGUGGAACAACAGGCGGGCGAGGCGCCGAGGGUCAGGGGCCAGGUGUAAAGACAGGUAUGCUGAGGUGGCUCCGGAGUGGCCAGGGGUGCGGGUGCGAGAGGGGUAGGUACCGAUUUGGGAAGUGGGUGACCAGCUAGCUGGUUCGGCGCAGGCGGCUAAAGCGUUCUGCGCAAUGGUGAUGGUGAUCGCCACAGCACGGCAGCAGGCGGCAUGAGCUAGAACAGAAGACGGGCAUGACUGAGUUGUGGGGCGCGAGAGAUUUGUGGGCGAUGUGCACGGUGUGCAGGCUCGGGCAGGAGCGGGACAGGAGAGGAUCGUGGCAGCUAGUGGUAGGAGGGGGCUAUGGCGGACAAUAACGAAUACAAUUGCAGUCCCUGCAAGUGUCAGAAAGUUGAGGCUGCGCUGCUGAGUUUGAGGGCGGUACGGAAAUGGGCGGUCAAGGACACGCCGACGGCACGCGUACGA